AUGGCAGCACCCCAAGUCGUUGUGGUCGGUGGUGGUCUAUCCGGCCUCAGUGCCGCGCACACCGUCUACCUGAACGGUGGCAACGUCAUCGUUCUCGACAAGCAGGCCUUCUUCGGUGGUAACUCCACCAAGGCCACCUCCGGCAUCAACGGUGCCCUCACCCGCACCCAGACCGACCUCGGCAUCCCCGACACCGUCAAGCAAUUCUACGAGGACACCCUCAAGUCCGCCCGUGACAAGGCCCGUCCCGACCUCAUCAAGGUCCUGACCUACAAGUCCGCCUCCGCCGUCGAGUGGCUGCAGGAUGUCUUCAACCUCGAUCUCACCCUCGUCUCCCGACUGGGCGGUCACACCCACCCCCGCACUCACCGUGGUCACGAUGCCAAAUUCCCCGGUAUGGCCAUCACCUACGCGCUCAUGCAGCGCCUCGAAGAGCUCGCCGACUCCGAGCCCGGCCGCGUCCAAAUCGUCAAGAAGGCCAACGUCACCAGCGUCAACAAGUCCGGCAACCACGUCACCGGCGUCACCUACACCAUCAACGGCGAGACCAAGGUCGCCGAGGGUGUCGUCGUCCUCGCCACUGGCGGUUACGCCGCCGAUUUCAGCGACUCCUCCCUGCUGAAGAAGCACCGCCCCGAUACCUUCGGUCUCUCCUCCACCAACGGCACCCACGCCACCGGUGACGGACAGAAGAUGCUCAUGGAGAUCGGCGCCAACGGCAUCGACAUGGACAAGGUCCAGGUCCACCCGACCGGUCUCGUCGACCCCAAGGACCCAGGUGCCAAGUUCAAGUUCCUGGCCGCCGAGGCCCUCCGCGGUGAAGGCGGUCUCCUGCUGAACAAGGACGGAGAGCGAUUCUCCGACGAACUGGGUCACCGUGACUACGUCUCGAACCAAAUGUGGAUCGAGAAGGAGAAGGGCAAGUGGCCCAUCCGCCUCGUUCUUAACAGCAAGGCCUCCAAUGUGCUGGACUUCCACACCCGCCACUACUCCGGCCGCGGUCUGAUGCGCAAGCUCACUGGCAAGCAACUAAUCGAGGAGAUCGGCUGCGGCGAAGCCGCUCUCAAGAAGACCUUCGAUGAGUACAACCUCAUCGCCGAUGGCAAAAAGAAGGACCCCUGGAACAAGAAGUUCUUCCACAACAUGCCCUUCAAGUUGGACGACGAGUUCCACGUCGCGACCAUGGAGCCCGUGCUGCACUUCACUAUGGGCGGUAUCGAGAUCAACGAGCACGCCGAGGUCCUGAACUCGGAGAAGGAGCCCUUCACCGGCCUCUAUGCCUGCGGUGAAUUGGCUGGCGGUGUUCACGGCGCUAACCGUCUCGGCGGUUCUUCGCUGCUCGGCUGUGUUGUCUACGGUCGUGUCGCUGGUGACUCUGCUUCCCAGCACCUCUUCCAGAAGGUCAUUAAUACCGGCUCCUCUGCUGCCCAGCAACGUCUCGGCCAGAUCUCCCUGCACAUCGACCCCAAUACCCCCGGCAAGAUCUCUGUUGAGUGGGCUGGUGCCGCUCCCGGUGGUAGCUUGCCUACUGUGGCUGCUGCCCCUGCUGCUGCCGCUGGCCCCGCCGCCUCUGCCCCCGCUGAGCAGGCUAAGCCUGACCCAGCUAACUUCCAGAUCCCUGAGAAGGAGUAUACCAUGGAGGAGAUCGCGAAGCACAACAAGAAGGACGACCUGUGGAUUGCCGUCAAGGGUAUCGUCCUAGAUGUGACUAACUGGUUGGACGAGCACCCCGGCGGUGCGAACGCUCUGUUCAACUUUAUGGGCCGUGAUGCUACUGAGGAAUUCGCCAUGCUCCACGACGACGAGGUUAUCCCCAAGUACGCUGCCCAGACCGUCAUCGGCCGCGUCAAGGGUCAAACUCCCAGCCUGGAGCUGUAG